AUGACCGGGUUCUCAGGUCAGUUUUAUCGAUCACAUCCAUGUCCAGUAAAAACAGUGGUAAUCUUUAGAAAUGGUGAUGCGUUCUUCCCCGGUAGAAGGCUUGUUGUCAAUCCACGGCAGUUGUCAACUUUCGACAGUUUCUUGAAUACCGUUACAUUCCUAGUCGAGGCUCCCUUCGGUGCGGUCAGGAAUGUUUACACUCCCCGCGAAGGACACAGAGUUUUAAGCCUGGAGAGUUUACAACACGGGGAAAAGUAUGUGGUCGCAGGAGCGGAGCGGUUCAAAAGGCUAGAUUACUCUCAGAUUACCCUUAGGAAACCCAACCAGAAAAAGAGCGAAGAGAUUAAGCCAGUGGUCCAUAGCAGGAUAAUAGCGCCCGCCCGCUGGAAGAAGUUCGGACAUGAGUCAUGCGCCAUCAAUGUUUUUACCAAUGGAGAUAUCUUGGUUCCUCCUGUCCGGAUACUCAUCCCGAAAUUCACCCUGCGGAGCUGGGAGAAAGUGCUAGCCAUGGUGACAGAGAAAGUGCAGCUUCGAACCGGGGCUGUGCGUAGGCUGUGCAGGUUGGACGGCACGCCCAUACACAGCUCGACAGAACUGGAGCACAACCAGUACUACGUGGCCACGGGACUGGAGCGGUUUCGCCUGCUGCCUUAUUUCCACUGGGUACCCAGGAUGGGCCAGAGCGAAGACGUGGGCCUGGGCGUGUACGGUAACUUCUUCCCACAACUGAAAAAGAAAAAUAAACACGUUGGAGAUGCGGGCACAGUGCUCACUACCACAGCUGGGGAGAAGGAGAUGACCCCGGCAGAAGAGAUACCACAGGACAGGCGUGUCAAGGUGGACUCACCCAUCGAUCAGGUUGAAGCCAGAGCGGAGGAAGAGGAGCAGGCUCCCUCAGGCCUUCCUCCUCUGAAGUCUGACAGUAUCACCUCCGGCAUCAAAGGUGGCUGCCUUGGCCUUAACAUGCUGAUGUGCACCUGUUCGGACCGACAGAAAGGAUCAACAGACUCCAGACAUCUGGUGCCGUUAAGCACCCAGCCCGUGGUCCAACAGCCCAACGGCGGCAGACCCGGCCCAGUUGCCGCAGAACCCACUAAGACACGCACUGAGCCGAAGCCAAAGGUACGUGAGCGAGAGCAAACAGUCCCUCGCACAGCAGAUUUCCAGCAGUUCUUCCAUACUCCACCACACUAA